AUGUCAGAAAACGCCCCAGUGGAGCGGGCGCUUAGACGGGCUGUAAUCGCUGAGAGGCUGAGCAAAAAUUUCGAGAAACUGCCUGACAUUGAUCAGAAGCUGUUUCACUACGGCCCCUUGUAUUUUGGGGCGAACGCAGGUCUGGCUGGACUGGUCGGAAACAGCUUAUACCGCCGGGCUCUGAACGUGACCCAGGCGCGCAUCGUGUCCAGUCUGCCGAUGGCCGCGCUGCCCUUCAUCACCACCGUGGCUCUCUACAACGCAGCCGUCUCAGUCCCCCUUUUGUCCGGGGACCUCAACUGCCCUUCGUGCGCUCUCAUGCGGGGGGCGCUGGUGGGUGUUGUGGGUGGAGGUUUGUACCCGGUCCUUCUCGCGUUACCCGUGAAUUUCGCCCUCGCAACGAAGUACAGCACAGCGAUCAUGCCCGAGAGGGGGAACGCCAUGCGGUACUGGAUCGAAAUCUCCAAGCCGAUCAUGAGGAAGAUGAGGGUCGUUUUGCUGUUGCAGGCGUUUUUUGGCACAUACCUCGGAUCCAGGCACUUUCAGAGCUACUCCAAACUGGCCGAGAUCACGUUUGGUCCCGGGGAAGAACUCAAAGACUGA